GGAGAUUUCGGAAAUGGCGAGAAAGCUGCGACGAAAGAUGGAACUUCGUAUUUUGCCAUUGAAAGAUUCAUCCGGGACAUGUUAGGAGGUGCAGAAGACGUGCAUGCAUAAACAUGGCGAAGAAAGCAGCCGCAUUUAUCCUCGUCUCGCUUCCGGUGACCGGUCACUUGCCGGUAACCAUCGAGCUGGCGAAGCGGCUGAUGAAUCACGACCGUCGGGUCAAGAACAUCACCAUCCUCUCCUGGAGAUUACCAUUCACUUCUCCCUCCUCCUCCUACUCAGACGCUCUCUCUCGUUCCCAUCCUGACAUUGACCUCGUUGACUUACCCGAAAUCGAAGACCCUCCCCCACUUGACCUCUACACGAGAGUUGCCGAGGCAUACAUAUAUCGGUACAUCAUCAAAGCCUUGCCUGUCCUUAGAGAGAUUAUCUCGGCCCUCGUCUCGUCCUAUCAUGCUUCCGGUUCAGUUCAUGUUGUUGGGUUGGUUCUUGAUUUCUUCUCCAACCCUUUGAUCGACGUGGGUGACGAUCUGAAUAUACCUUCUUACAUCUUAUUGACGUGUAGUGCCGGAUUCUUGGGUUUGAUGAAGUACCUGUCCGAACGUCACAGAAGGGUAGCGUCCGAGUUCGAUGACAGGUCCUGUCACGAGCUCUUGUCGAUCCCUGGGUUCGACCGUUCCGUCCCUGUGAACGUUAUGCCGCCUCGUCUGUUUCAGAAAGACUCGCACGAGGCUUACGUGAAGCUAGCGGAGAGAUUCAAGGACGCAAAGGGUAUUCUGGUGAAUACAUUCACCGAUCUUGAGCCACAUGCUAUUGAUUAUUUCAGCCGCGAAGAGAAUUACCCGCCAGUCUACGUGGUGGGUCCGGUUGUAAACCUUGAGAACCGUCCGAAUCCGAACAUAGAUCCAGUGGAACAUGACAUGAUCAUGAGAUGGCUCGACGAACAGCAUGAGUCAUCUGUCGUGUUCUUCUGCUUUGGAAGCAAAGGAGUUUUAGACAGCAUGCAAGUGAAGGAAAUAGCUCUGGGGCUCGAAUCAUGUGGCUGCAGAUUUCUUUGGUCGAUCAGGACAAACCCGAUGAAGGACGUGAAGCCGUACGACCUCUUGCCAGACGGGUUCAUGGGUCGGGUCACGGGUCGGGGCGUGGUGUGCGGGUGGGCCCCGCAGGUGGAAGUACUAUCCCACAAAGCGGUAGGAGGGUUCGUGUCUCACUGCGGCUGGAACUCCAUACUGGAGAGCUUGUGGUUUGGAGUUCCGAUUGCCACGUGGCCGAUGUACGCCGAGCAACACCUGAACGCGUUCACGAUGACAAAGGAGCUGGGCCUCGCUGUGGAGCUGAGGCUGGAUUACGUGUCCGGCCACGGAAGUGUCGUGAUAGCGGAGGAGAUCUCGAGAGCCGUCCGAUCUGUGAUGAACGGUGGAGAUUCGAGGAGGGAGAAGGUGAAGGAGAUGGCUGGUCUGGCGAGGAAGGCAUUGAUGGACGGUGGAUCUUCCUUCUCCGCAGUAUCCACUUUCCUCCGGGAAUUGUUGGCCGUUGAUCCUUCAUCAUAACGUUUGUGGACCAAAUAUAUAUAUCUAUAUAUAUAUAUAUAUAUAUAUAUAGAUACUUAAUAUAGAUUACGUACGGUUAUUUGGAUCGUCUUUUUAUCAUUAUCCCUCAUAAUAUUUCUGCUUUUCGGUGCA